CGACGUCUUCAUGCUCAACGUCUUCCCCCCCAAGGCCGCCGAGUGCCCCUGACUCGCUGCUUGCUUUCGGGGAAACUUUGCCCGGAUGCCUUCUGUCAGAGUUGGGGCUUCGAGUUGCUGCCCUUGCACUUUCUCCUCCCAGUGCGCCUGAUUUGCUGCUGGUUCUUCAGCCCCCUUCUGCUCUUGCUCGGAGGGGAGUUCGACCUGCUCUGUACUAUCCCUUUGCGCCAGGACCCCCAAUAGCUGUUUAGGGACGAGAGGAGAUACUGGUGGUGUGAGUUUAUCCUGUGGGUGCCUAGAUCGAUCUGCGCUCCUGGGAUAAGAGAGGAGCUCUUUGCAAUUUUGGCACGUCCUCCGCUUUGCUCUCUAUCCGCUGCAGAGGUGCUGGCGCUCUCUCCUGAGAGCUCUCCCCUCGGUGUUUCUUUGCUCUGUUCUCUUCACUGGCGAUCUUGGUGCCCUCAACGCUAUUGCCGUUUGCCGCCUGGUCCACCUCCUUGUCGAUGAGCGCAGUCUGCUGUGGUGUGACUUUCCUCCAGUAGCCGUCACUCCUGCUUUUGGUGCGAGGCUGCUGGAAGAAUUUUGAUGUGGGGAGGGGGGGGAGGCUUGGACGGCGGAUUGUCAACUCUCCAUUUUCCUUUGUCGUUGUCAAGGUACACUUGAGGUGCCACUUCAGGUUGGAGGGCGCUUGGCCGAGGGCGCUCCCGUUGGGGUCGCCUGCUGGGUCCAGCACCUUCUUGAGGUGGGAAGAGAGCGUCUCCUGGACGAUCUACUGCAAUGUGUCCAUGCCUGCGACAUUUAAAACAAGAGUUGGACAGGUGUGUUACAUCGAAGGGUAUGCGCUCCACUACUCCUUCUAAGGUCAUUUCAACGAAUGGUGGGGGCAGCAUUCCCCGUGGCCAUUCUAAGCAGAGUCGGAUGAUGGGGCGGCUGCUUUUUUCUAUGCUUGCUGUACCGAUAAGCACCGGGCUCAACGUUCCAGCUAUUUCCUUAAUCCAGAAGAGCUGCAGUUGGGUCAGGCUAGUGAAUCGAGCCCACACAGGAUACAACGCUGGGAAGUAGCUUAAGUCUUCCGCUUCGAGGGACCACUUGACAAUAUUAAAAUCCAGAUCAAGGUUGCUUGCCCUGUCCUGUGCCCGCGCUGCUUGAGGCGAUGUGCUCACGAAGGCACAGCAGCGGAACGCCUGGACCUAAUGCGCUUCAAAAUGCUGUGAGAUGUCGACUGCCGACCAGCCCCGGACGUCUCUACAGAGUGAGCUGACAAUAGUGGGAAGAUUCAGCCCACAAGCCAACCUCAACCGCUAGAUUUAGGUGCUAGAGACAGUGUUGCCCUUCGGCUGAGAACUAGCCACAAACGCCUUGACCUAAUGCACUGAAGGAGUUUCGUUUUUCAGUGCUUCGGCCACGGACGCCUGGGCCUACUGUGCUGAGAUAGUUGCCGAGCUCCGAGAAGGGGUCAGCCGUGGGUUGUUUGACCACCUUUUGAGCUCAAUGUCGGGAUUGUGCGAACCACUGACUAUACUCCUAUUGCGCUGCAAUAGGAGUUAACCCAAAUUCCACCCUACAGCGUCCUGCACUCUCAGCUCGUUGUUCGUUUGCUUCGUUUGCUUGGCCGUUCAAGUGCAGUCGUUGCCGUGCAUGCUUGCCAUGUUGUAAUGAUUAACUGUGUGUUUUGUUGAUGAAAACAAAUAUCGAGUGUCUCUGCCUCUCAACUCCGAAGCCUGCAGAAGGACUAGCGCGCUGCAAUUCAGUAUCCAGCCACCAUCUCUUCUGCACUAUGCUCGUAUUACGGAGGUAGUGCCUCGCUUUGCAGCGACCCUACCGAUAAUUGCAACAGCACCAGAUGGUGUUGAUGUCUGUAAUUAGGAGGUAUUUGUAAUUUCAACCUUCAAUGUGGUAUUUUAGCAUGAUAAUUUGAAAUAUAACAAAACCUUGAAUGAUUAUAAACAUUAUUUACGUCAGG